GAACAGACGAGUAACACAGACGACGGCGGCAGCAAGCUGCCAGCGAGCUAGGCUGCCUGCACAAUGGGAUCCAGACAGAGACGAACACCAGGCGCGGUACGAGGAUGCAUGUGACAUUGACAGCAAAGAGGGGUCCGAGGCCGCCGGGCGCGUCAAGUUCGCUGCAACUUUCCAUGCUCCUAUCUCUGUCUCUGGUUCCAGCACUCCUACUUUGACUGCGAGCACUGCUCCAUCGACUUCGACAGACCGCACCGCACGACCGCAGCACCCGCACCAGCAUCACCCGCAUCGCAUAUCACGCACGAUGAGCAGGAGCACGGCGAGCCUCUCGAGCGUCGAGGAAGAGGACCAGACGUGCAGGCCCAGUCCUGUCCAGAACACGCAUGAUCUGGAGCCGGAGGGUGUUGUAGGUCGCAUGGGCUCGGCGCUUGAGCUGGACCACAUGGGCAAUGACGACGACGAAGAGGCAGAAGAGGAGGCCGUUGAAUGGGAGCUGCAGGAAAACGGGCUGUAUGUUGGUUCAUAUCGCCGCCUGCUGGCCCUCUACAGCUUUGUCCCCCUGACCGCCCUCCUCACCUUCCUCUUCCUCGGCUUCCUCCCACUCGCCGCAUGGCCGCGCGAUCCCGACGACUCCCACCACCCCUCGUCGCCCUACCCACCCUCCUUCCCCUCCCCGCUCCCCGAACUCCUCCUCUCCUCCUCCCUCUUCGCGCUCUCACACCUCCUCCGUGGCCCGCUCUACACCCUCAUCUCGCUCCUCAUCCCCUCCUCAAAGCCCUUCUCAUCCCUCGCGACCUCCCUGACAUUCGUCGCGCUCCACGCGUGCCUCACCACGGGCCUGCGCCUCGCCGGGCUCGCCCUCCUACAGGUGCGCCACCGCAUGAACCACGUCCUCCCAACAUGGGACGCGGAGCCCGCGUUCCGCACCGUGUGGUGGUUCGCGCUCAAUGUCGCGGAGGUCGGCGCGGCGGUCGCGCAGGGGUACGCGCAGAUCGCGAAGUACAGAGAUGUGCUCGUUCCGCCUGGGCGCGCGAAGGAGUUUUUGGUCCGCGCCAGAGGCGGGAUCGGGGCGGGGGCUGCGGGCGGGGGUGGGCACGCGCUGGUUGGUGAGGGGCUGCCGGGGGUGUCGUUGCAGGAGAGCUGGAUAGAGGGGUUUGGGGAUGUGGAGGAUCAGGUGCGGGCGCAGCAGAGCGCGUCGGCGCGUACGUUUGGACGUGCGUCGGCGCAUGGGGAGGACCUGGAGCAAACGGCGCACGCGCAGGGCGAUGGCGCGAGCGCGGACGCAGCUGGAGGAGUCAAGUUCCAGGACGAAGACACGGUCAUCGCGACGCAGCUCGAGCACGAUUUCGACAAGCUGCUCGCGAUCGAGGAGCGCGAAGAGCUCGAAGAGAUAUACGGCAUGCCUGUUAUCAAAAUCCCCGUCUUCAUCUCCUGCCUGCAGCGCUUCGCCUCCAUCCUCGUCUCCCUCGGCCUCACCCUCUUCCUCUCCUCGGCCUACCUCCGUUCCGCGUCCUCGAUCCCCGCCUCGGACACCGCCGACCCCUCGCUGCCGCCCGCGCGCGACCCGUACCCGUGGCUGGGCGCCUCGCUCCCCGCCGUGCUCGCCGUGCACGUUCUGCUCGGCGCGCUGUACACGCCGCCGGUGUUGCCGCGGAUCGGCGUGCAUACGGCUGCGUAUGUGAGCACGCUUGUUGGGCUGGGCAGCUUUUUUGCGGGGCUGGCGGUGUGGGACGCGUUGUCGUAGCGCGUUGCUUGGUGCUGGGGUGGGCGCUGAGCAGGCGGGGGUUGUCUCUGUGUGAGUCGGUCAUUGUGGGUGCCAGUGGGGCAAUGGAGAAGAGGUCCCUGAUGUGACUAUUAUGUACAGGAUUAGCUAUAAUGUCGAUGUACAUAUUGCUUGUUUCUUUGGUCUAUAUUGC